CAGGGUGUCGCCGUUGGGGCUCCAUUCGAAGGCGACGGCGGUCGUCUGUUUGAACGUAAUAUCUAGAUUAAAAAAAAAUCGAACGAAGACAAACGGGGUUUGACGACACUGGUAUCUGAAAUACGUUCAGUUUGCGGUGGAACGGAAAAAGUGCUCUCCACAAUUCCAAACCUAAAAGUUGACUGGCAUGUUGGGGAAUAACGGAAAUUUUAAAACAGCGAGUAGUUUGAAGAAAGAGUAAGUCGGGUUGAGAGGGGAGCCAUUUUGUCCCGACUAAAAGAAAAGAGUAGAAAAAAAUUGAAAAUAUUAAUUCUGUUACCUAAAUUUAAUCAUCACAUUACAAGACUACAUCUUUUAAACAGGGGGCAACCUUGUCAAUCCAUCCUUUUGUAAAUAUAGGCCGGGAAAGGACGUUAAGAGAACCAGGCUGGUUGCUUUAAAUAAAAGGCGUUCCUUUUUCGCCUCUGUAUCGCUGUUGGGUUCUUUUGGCAGAAAGCUUUGUUUUAUAUUUAAACACCACGAAGUACACAUUCUCAGUUAAAUGGCGAAGAAGACGUACGAUCUUUUGUUCAAGCUGCUGUUGAUCGGGGACUCGGGAGUCGGGAAGACUUGUGUCCUAUUCCGUUUCUCCGACGACGCCUUCAAUACCACCUUUAUCUCUACUAUAGGUAUUGAUUUUAAGAUCAAAACAGUUGAACUUCAGGGAAAGAAGAUUAAGUUACAAAUUUGGGAUACAGCGGGACAAGAACGGUUUCACACCAUCACAACGUCCUAUUAUAGAGGUGCCAUGGGGAUAAUGUUAGUAUAUGAUAUAACAAAUGCCAAAAGCUUUGAAAACAUCAGCAAGUGGCUUCGAAAUAUUGAUGAGCAUGCAAAUGAAGAUGUGGAAAGAAUGCUGUUGGGAAACAAAUGUGACAUGGAGGAGAAAAGAGUGGUACCCAAAGCAAAAGGAGAACAGAUUGCUAGAGAACAUGGAAUUAGGUUUUUCGAGACUAGUGCAAAAGCAAAUAUUAACAUUGAGAAGGCAUUCCUCACGUUAGCAGAAGAUAUUCUUCGAAAGACCCCUGUAAAAGAGCCCAACAGUGAAAAUGUAGAUAUCAGUAGUGGUGGAGGAGUAACAGGAUGGAAGAGCAAGUGUUGCAGCUGAACAAAUCUUCUUUCAUUCUUCCUAUGUCUCUCUAUCCCUCUGUUUCUAUGCUCUGGAAAUAAACCACUUUACCUACAUCAGUCCAUGUCCCCUGCCUUUCAAAUCUUAAUCUUUAACCUUGCUGAUAUUCUUCCAUUCAUGACUGCUUGCUGACAGUACGUUUUUUUUAUUUCAAAACAAAUGUAUAGAUAAAAAAAAUCAUGUCCUAUUUCUUGUCUCUUUUUCAAAAAUGAAAAUGAGAAAAAUGUACCCUCUAAAACUCACCACUACAUUUUUUAUGUUGCUAAUAUAUUAUAGUCGAGACCUCCUGAUCACAGUUGGCAUAUGUAACAGUGAUUUGAAGCUGCAAAGGAUGUGUAAGAAUAAAACAAAGGUUAGAAUUACUUAUUUUGUACAGUAGUGGGAUUUCUGUUAUUUGGGUUGUAUUUUAGUCAUUGCAGUUAGCAAAUAUGUGCAGAAGUGAUGUGGCAGAAAACACUUGAGUAUAAUUUGCUUGAAUAUUUUUAUAAGGUGGAAUUUAUUUCAUCCUGUGCCUUACAUGAAAUAGAAGGGGCAUCAGUUCUGCCUGUAGUGCCACCAUAAGUUGUGGGUGCAGCAUAUGCUCAGUUAGGAGUUUUAAUAUAUAAUUCUUAUUGUUUUCACCAUGACAGUGUCAAUAUUUAAAUCUCUUAAGGGAGUGCAGAAAUGUUUGAAUUUCUUGUAUUUAAAGUAGAAAUUUUAAAAACAUUCACUUUGUUAACUUUGUUUAACCACAUUAAUAGUUAUUUGAUUUUGUUGUUUGUUUUGCAUGCACUUCUUCAAGGGGGUAAAAAUGUACAUUUCCAAGAUGCUCUUAAAAACAUUACUCCAGCUUCCAAAAGAGAGAAGAAAAAAAUUAAAUGGCAGAUUUGGAAAUUCAAACAGUUUUUUGCAUGUCCAUUAAAAUGAGCUUGUUUAAUUUCUGUUGUUUAUUCUUUUGUUAUUACAAUUUUUAUUUUGUGCACCCUUUCCCCAUACUUGGUUAUAACUAAUUUGAAGAAAAGCCCAAAGUAAAAUGCACGUAUUAAUAUUGUGUUAGGGUGGUAUUAUUAUUGCUUCAUACUAAUUAAACGCAUUGUAGUUUUUGAAGAAUUUGAAACUUUAAACAUAAAAAUCAGACAACAUAGAGGAGAGAGUGUCUCGUAGCAAAAAAAAAAGUAAUUCCAAUAUUAUACAGUACAUGUCAAUUUUGAAUACAUGCCUUGAUAUGAGCAGUGGAAAUAUAAGUUUUAUUAUCUGAGCUAAAGCAAACUUAUUAAAAUGUUUUUAAAGUAUAUUAGCAUGACACUUUUGGCAGUGUAUUUUUGAUUCAGUGAUUGUCCUUAUACAUUUUGCAAGACACCUGUAAAUCUAAAAUAGAGGUGGUUCUGCAAAUUAGAGUGUUUAUUAUUUUUUACAAAGGAAGAAAAAAUACCAAGCAUGAUGCUCAGUGUUUGUAAGUAUGUUCUACUGUGCUUUCUUCUGGUACUCUUUCACAUUUCUGCCAUAAUAAUAUAUGAGGGAAUAUUAUGUAAAUUAAUGUUUAUAAGCGCCUUUUAAAAUAUUUAGCUUUGCUUUAUUUUGGGGUUCAGUUUAUUUCUAUGUAUUUUGGGAUCCUGUGUAGAAACUGUGUAAAGAUCAGGUCACAUCUAUAUCAGCCUAAAAGUCCUCUGUGGCAUAGUACUGGAGUCUUAGGGUUUAGUUUUAAUAUUUACUAAAAUAUUACUAAAAUGUCAAUAAACUGAAUAUUUCUAGUUA